AUGGCCGGCACGGCGGUGCAGCUGCUGGGCUUCGCGCUCAGCUUCCUGGGGCUGGUGGGGACGCUCGUCACCACGCUGCUGCCCCACUGGCGGCGGACGGCGCACGUGGGCACCAACAUCCUGACGGCCGUGUCGUACCUGAAGGGGCUGUGGAUGGAGUGCGUGUGGUACAGCACCGGCAUCUACCAGUGCCAGCUCUACCGCUCGCUGCUGGCGCUGCCCCGGGACCUGCAGGCGGCGCGCGCGCUCAUGGUGGUCUCGUGCCUGCUGUCGGGCGCGGCGUGCGCCUGCGCCGUGGUGGGCCUGCGGUGCACGCGCUGCGCCGGGGCCGCGCCCGCCGCCAAGGCCGCGUCGGCCGCGCUCGGGGGCGGCCUGUUCCUGCUGGCCGGCCUGCUGUGCCUGGUGGCCGUGGCCUGGACCACCCACGACGUGGUGCAGAGCUUCUACAGCCCGCUGCUGCCCGGCGGCAUGAAGUUCGAGAUCGGCCAGGCCCUCUACCUGGGCUUCAUCUCCUCCUCCCUCUCGCUCGUCGGCGGCGGCCUGCUCUGCCUCGCCUGCGGGGAGGAAGAGGCCCCCUACCGCCCCUACCGCCCGGGCCCCCCCCGGGGGCCGCCGCCCGCCGCCGCCCCCGCCUACCGCCCGCCCGCCGCCUACAAGGACAACCGGGCCCCCUCCGUGGCCUCCGCCGCCCACAGCGGGUACAGGCUGAACAACUACGUGUGA